GUUACCUGACUGUGUUCACCUUCCGCGGGCGUGAGUCCUGGCCUGUCGCGGUGAUGGUGCACUGCAGUUGCGUGUGGUUCAGAAAGUAUGGAAACUUCAUUGAUAACCUAAGAGUCUUCACCAGGGGAGGAAGUGGUGGUAUGGGUUACCCUCGUUUAGGCGGAGAAGGUGGAAAAGGUGGUGACGUCUGGGUCGUAGCCCAUAAGAGAAUGACUUUAAAACAACUUAAAGACAAAUAUCCUCAGAAACGGUUUGUGGCUGGAGAAGGAGCAAAUAGUCGAGUUAGUGCACUGAAAGGAUCCAAAGGAAAAGACUGUGAAAUUCCUGUACCUGUGGGUAUUUCAGUAACUGAUGAAAAUGGUAAAGUUAUAGGAGAACUCAAUAAAGAGAAAGACAGAAUUUUGGUAGCUGAAGGAGGUCUUGGUGGUAAAUUACUCACAAAUUUCUUACCACUGAAAGGCCAGAAACGAGUCAUUCGCCUUGAUCUAAAACUUAUAGCUGAUAUAGGCCUAGUGGGAUUCCCAAAUGCUGGAAAAUCCUCUUUGCUAAGUCAGAUUUCUCAUGCAAAACCUGCAAUUGCAGAUUAUGCAUUUACAACAUUAAAGCCUGAACUUGGAAAGAUAAUGUAUAAUGAUUUCAAACAGAUAUCAGUAGCUGAUCUUCCUGGUUUAAUAGAAGGAGCACAUAUGAACAAAGGAAUGGGCCACAAAUUCCUCAAGCAUAUAGAAAGAACUAGACAACUACUUUUUGUUGUUGAUAUUUUUGGAUUUCAACUUUCUUCCCAAACUCAGUAUAGAACUGCCUUUGAAACCAUAAUACUACUUAUAAAAGAGUUGGAGUUGUACAAAGAGGAACUUCAGAGAAAACCUGCACUCCUGGCAGUUAAUAAAAUGGACUUGCCAGGUGCUCAAGAUAAAUUCCAUAUACUGAUGCAUCAACUCCAGAAUCCUAAAGAUUUUCUGCAUUUAUUUGAAAAAAACAUGAUUCCAAAGAGGACCAUGGAGUUCCAACAUAUCAUCCCCAUCUCUGCAACUACAGGAGAAGGAAUAGAUGAAUUAAAGAACUAUAUAAGAAAAUCUCUGGAUGAACAUGCUAAUCAGGAAGAUGAUGCGUAUCAUAAGAAACAGUUGCUUAAUUUACAGAUUUCUAAUACAGUAUCUUAUAGUGAGCCACCACCAGAGAGUCCUGUUACUAGCCCUAGAUAGAUGUAAUUUUUUUUUAAGAUUUUAUUUUAGUUUAUUUAUUCAUUCAUGAUAGAGAGAGAGGCAGAGACAGAGCAGGCUCUAUGCUGGGAGCCCGACGCGGGACUCGAUCCUGGGACUCCAGGAUCACGCCCUGGGCGAAAGGCAGGCACCAAACCCCUGAGCCACCUAGGGAUCCCCUGGAUAGAUGUAAUUUAAAUCUAUUAAAAAUGAUACUAAAAUUAUGUUCAUUUGUAAGUUUUUCCACAGACUUGUAUUUUUUAGGAGGUUAGUUAUUAUUAACCUUCUGUAUAAUACCAUUAUUCAAGAACCAUACCUUCCUUCUUGUUUUAUAGUUAAGUGUAUGGGUGGUAAAAAACUGAGACCUAAAAAUGACAACUCAUAAUUUUAUGGACAAUCCACCUAUAAUAAAACCCUUUGGUAUUCCUAUAUUUAUGAUGUCUCUAGGGAGAUCAUUUAGAGAGAGAGAGAGAGAAGAGGAUUCUCUAGCAACCAGGUUUUGUUCGUUUUUGAGUCUGUCAUGUACCUGAUUCUACUAAAUAUACAGUAGUACUCUUUUUUGGAAAACCUCAAAAGCCUAAAUUUCAACAUAUGUUUAGUGAUAAUAAAGAUCACAGAUAAUAUUUAGCAGAAACCAGCAGGUAGAUGUUUGCAAUUUCAAUUUCACCUUUUGGAAAUUUUUCAUUCUUAAGUAUAAGUGUUUUUUCAUGCUUUGGAGCAGACUGGUAUAUGUCUCAUUUCCUUGCAUUCAAAUCUGUUUUGUUGUCUAUUUUCAUGGUUAGUGCAAACUUGAAACAAUAUUAUCAAUCAUCAGUAUAUUCUUUUUUUUUUUUUUUUUUUUUUUAGUUUUUAUUUAUUUAUGAUAGUCACACAGAGAGAGAGAGACAGAGACAUAGGCAGAGGGAGAAGCAGGCUCCAUGCACUGGGAGCCCGACGUGGGAUUCGAUCCCGGGUCUCCAGGAUCGCGCCCUGGGCCAAAAGCAGGCGCUAAACCGCUGCGCCACCCAGGGAUCCCAAUCAUCAGUAUAUUCUUAAGAGAUUAAAACUUCUGAGUUUCAAAAAGACAAAUUGGACAUUUUCUUUUCCUAAGUUUUAUUAUAAAAUAUGUAUGUUCAUUGUAAGAAAUAAAAUUUAAACCAUGCAAACACCUGUAAAAAAAGUUCCCAUCUUCCUACACUGGGCCCUCCAGUCCUUCCCGGACCACUGUUAAUUUAAGUUUUUAUAUACCUACAGAAUUUUUUUAUUAGUUUAUUUUUUUACCCAAAUGAGUUCAUUAUAUAAACCUUUUCUAAGUUGGAUUUUUAAAAAAAAUAGUGGCAAGUUAAUGAGCUUUUAAAACCUAUUCUUCAAAGCUGUUUUUUUUUUUUUUUUAAGAUUUUAUUUAUUUAUUCAUGAUAGAAGCGGGCAGAGAGGCAGAGACACAGGCAGAGGGAGAAGGAGGCUCCAUGCCGGGAGCCUGACGCGGGACUCGAUCCCAGGACUCCAGGACCACACUCUGGGCCAAAGGCAGGUGCCAAACUGCCGAGCCACCCAGGGAUCCCCUCAAAGCUGUUUUUAAAUUAUUACAAAUUACUUUGGAAUUUAAGGCUCAGUGAAGCCUUUGACUAUGAAUAUUAAAUAAAAAUGAUGUCAAUAUUCUA